AUGGACAGAGAGAAUGAAAACACUUUCCAGAUCAGGACAGUGAAUACCAAGCACAGCUGCGGAAGAGUGUGGAGUACCAGAAACGUAAAUUCCAACAUAAUUUCUGACUGGUACGUAGCAGGUUUUGCUGCUGAUCCCAAUAUCAGUGUCUGGAAUGCAAAGAGAAAGGCUUUGGAAAAGGUUCGGGGAAAGAUUACUGAACAGUAUGCUGAAUUAGAGAGCUACAUUGCUGAGGUUAAAAGGUCUAAUUCUGGGACAUCCAUUGAAUUGAUAUGUGAGGAUGAUGAACCUGAUAGGCUCAAGAGAUUAGAGACUUACAAGGAGCAUGCUGCAGCUUUUAGUUGUAAUUAUGCUGGUGAUGGGAAAUAUGAGGGAAAUCCUCCUAAACCCGAAAAGAUGCGUAGGCCUCCAAAGCCUAAGAACAACCCAGCAACUAUUGGAACCACAUUAGAAAAGCGGAGAGAGAUGGUGAAGGCAAUUGAAGAACGGCAGCGUCGGGCACUGAGUGAAGCAUCUCUGAAUUUAACUUGGACUCAUGAAAUAGAACAGUCUCUGGAAGAGGAGCACCCUCGUAGUAAUCAUAGUGGUGAUAAUGCUCAGUUUGAAGAGGCGAUAAGCACACCAAAUGCACCUCCUGGAAGUCAGGAAGGGGAUGAUAUUGAUUACUGGCACCGAGAAUGGGUACAUGAUGCUGAUGAUUGUCCCCAAAAUUUUGUAAAAUGUGACUACUGUCCUCAGUUUGGUCACACCAAAGAGGACUGCCCAGAAUUUGGGCUAGAUAUUCAAAGGGAGAAGAAUAAGGCUGAGGAAAGUACAAAGAUCUUCACUACUGCCUUAGAUGAAAUCAUCAACACCCCUGUUGCACCAAAGGUGAAGCAAAGAGUUGAUUCUUUCACACCAGCAAUUUCCACUCGUGCGAAAAGAAAAUGGUGGAGAUCUGAAAGUAAAGAACCAAUUCUGGGGGAUGAUAUUGAGAGAAAGAAGGCAUCUAAGACUCUUUUAGCCUCAAAUCCAAAAUGA